UGUGGUAGUGGUAAGUGUGUGUAUUUAUGCAUAUGAAGACUGAAAAUGUCGAAUAAUCGUUGGGAAAUUGUCACUAACCCUAAAAGACAACUCAACUUGCAAAAACGAAUCGACGCUCAGGCAACUAAGCGCAAAGAAACUGCUUUGCCCAAACUUGAGGGAAUUUCACUAAUUGUAGCGUCCGUUCAGCUGUACAAUAAACUAAUCAAAAAUUAUACAUAUGACAACCAAUUCCUUGUUAAAGAUGCAUCCAACGGAUUGAAAAGCGGUAAGAAACAGCGCUAUCAAAGCGAGGCCAUUCUUGGGCAUUCUCGGAAGGGCUUUGGAUAUAGUAGAUUGAAAAGACUUUUAAGCAAUCUGAAAAUUGAGGAAUUGGAAAAACAUUUGGAAUUUAAUAAAAAAACAUAUCCUGAUUCGAAAUUAACUUGGUUAAAGGAAUUAGCCACGUUUUUGAACGAUCGUAUAACCGGUGAUUAUGUUCCUGAUUUCCCCAUCAAAUUUCCGAUGUACCCAGCUAGUUUACUUUCGUUAUCAUAUAGGGAAGCUCUUAUCGAAUUUUUGGGGUCUGUCGGUGAGACUAACCUUGAUUAUUUUUAUCACUAUACUCUUCUCGAAACCAUGUGCACGAACAUGAGCAACGAUAUGCCAGUAUUAAGUAUAAAGUUACUACUUCAGCUGGUGGGUCAUAAUUGGCCGCACAUGUGUACAAGUAAUCUGGCUAACACGGUCUUGCUGAGGAACUCGUAUCAAAAUCAAUAUGAUAUCUGCUUGAGCUUAUUAUGGGCAGUUAGCCAGUGCGGUUAUGUGGACCUUAGCGAAGGCAUCAGAAUUUUUCAAAACGUUAUGCUACCAAUACUGGAAAUGGAUAAACAUAGCUAUUACAUUUUGGCCUAUAUGGAGAACAUAUUAAAGCUAGACGCUGGGCAAGGCUUAUCUUUAAGCCGUCACGAAUUCUUCACCACCUUAAAUGCUUUCGUAUCUCUUCUCAAGCUGGAUACGGUUCACUCAUGUAAAUUAAAUCAUAUUGCAUCAACAUUUUUGUAUAAAUUUAUUACAAACUCCACCGAGCUCUCGAAUAUAUUCCUACAACUAAUUUGCGACCUUGGGAAUGAUGGUGAUGAUGAUAAUAAUGAUCUUGUAUUGUACGGUUGUCGGCUUUGCUUGCAACUCAGUAGUGACGAGUGUCUUAAAGUAUGGAAAAUGAAUUUAAAGAAACAAGUGUCUGCUACAAAGCUGUUAUUGAAAAAUUUAAAUGUCGCUUGCUCUAGUGUUACAUUACCGAUGCAUUCUCUAUUCGAAAUUGAAGCUAUUUCCCUGACUUUACCUGGUUAUGAGCAAGACGAAUUAUUACCAAUUAUUAAGAGUUUGCAGGAGAAAACCUCAAAUCCAAAAAAGGGAAAGCAAAGCAUGCAUCAAAAGAAAAAGAGCGGAGGUUGCCGUAAAUGGGCAUUGGGUAGCUUAAUAUUAAUUAUCACAAUUAUCGGUGUUUUACUUUACGAUACUGAGGUAAACGGUAAGGGUGUUUUUGCCAAAUCAUCUGUGGGCAAAGUACUGGAAAAUGCCGGCGUAUUGCCAUCUGUGGAGAAAGCUUGGUAUACUACAAUGAGUGCUGCAGCUCGGGCUUAUAAGUGGACUGAAAGCAAAACUAUUCCUUAUUCUAAACCAUUUUUAAAAAUGUCUUGUGAUUUAUUCAAAAUGUUACGCAAUGCCUUCUGCAAUAUCUUCAGCAUGCUCAAGAAUAUAAUGAAUGCUAGACUGCCACAGGCUGCGGAGUUUUUGGAUCAGUACGUACCCGGUUUGUCUAAAAAGAUUGAAAAUACUGCAGAAUCUGUAAAACGGUUUUCGUUUGAAUUUUAUGCUAAAGUGGGAGAAUUCUUCAUGACUCAAGUUUUAAUUGGUCGUCUUUCGCCACAAAAUUUGAGUAAAACUUUAAAUCACACGCAAAAUCUAGCUUUGGAAUACUAUCAAACAUUCCAUAAAAAGGUAGAUGCUUACGCUAAACUGAAAUGAUUUGCUGGAUUACAACAAAACAAUCAAAACAUCACAGCAAUAACAUAUGCGUUAGAAAAACAACAACCGAUACAGCAUUUGUAAAAAAAAAAAAAA